AAAAAUCAGGCUGCAUCAUAGAAACAGAUUUAUAGUACUUCAACUCUCGUCCCUGUGCAACGUUUCAAUUUGACCAACUUGCAUCCUGGAAGAUGAGAAUUAGUGUGAAAUAUGGCGGAUAAUUCAUGCAACAGGGCAACAAAUACUUCAAAGAAACAAGAGAUUUUCGUUAAAGAAGAACUCAAAAUCGCCGUGAAAUUGUCGUUGGAUAAAUUUAGAUAUGACGAAGAAAGGAAAGAAAUGGAAUUCCCAUCAUCGUUUACUGCAACAGAACGUGCCUACAUCCACAGACUUUGCCAGAGUUAUGGCAUGAUCACAAAAGCAAGGGGUGUGGAAGCAACCGUCAUCUUACAGUUCGCAAAGCUGAUGAAGAAAGGUGUAGCACAAUUGGUGGUGUUCAUUUGACAACCUCGUCAUGUCAACAAAUAAAACAACUUUUGCAAAGGUUUCCAUUGACAACGAAGGAGAAACAGGAUCUCAUGCCUAAACGAGAAAGGAGUGCAGACUCGGGAAAUAAUGAUUGUGGUAAAUCACCAAAGGACAAUAACAAGCAUAAUGGAAGACUUAAUACUUCUCCUCCUUUGAUUCCUUCACCAACACAGAAUAAUGAACUCACGGAGAGUCGAAGUGCCUUACCUAUCAUGGAGAUGAGAGAGCAAAUAUUAAAGAAAAUUGAAAGCAAUAAAGUGAUUAUUAUCUGUGGUGAAACUGGCUGUGGAAAAACAACUCAGGUCUCCCAGUACAUCAUGGAACAUUUUGCAGCCAAGUCAAGACCAUGUCGUAUCGUUUGCACUCAGCCACGAAGAAUUUCUGCAAUAUCUGUUGCUGAGCGUGUUGCUAUGGAGAGAGGUGAAAGAUGUGGACAAACUGUUGGUUAUCACAUUAGACUUGACAGUAGAACAUCGUCAAAAACCAUUUUGACAUAUUGUACAAAUGGCAUUCUUUUAAGAGCCCUAAUAGCUGGUGAUGGAAAUCUGUCUUCAAUAACACAUAUCAUUGUGGAUGAAAUUCAUGAAAGAGAUCGCGUCACAGAUUUUCUUCUUAUUUCCUUACGAAAUCUCUUGUCCAUAAACCAAAGCAUAAAGUUAAUCUUAAUGAGUGCAGCAUUGGAUAUCAAAUUAUUUACGAAUUAUUUUGAUGGUUGUCCUGUAGUAAAUGUACCUGGUCGAUGUUUCGACGUUAAAACUUUGUUCUUGGAAGACGUUUUAAAAAUCACUGGACAUCAGAACAAAAAAAUGUCAUACUUACGACAGAACAGCGAUAAUGAACAGCGAAAGAUCUCUGACAAAGAGAAAAAAGUGACAAUUCAAGAACCCGAAGUCAAGAUCUUAAUGGAUGCUCAGGAGAAGGAGGUUCUUAAAGAAAAUGACAUUGGUAAUAAGACAGAUGGUGGAUAUGAUGAGACGGAAGAAAUCAAUGCUGUAGAAGAUCUGACAUUGAACGAUGAUUUAAAUAAUGAGUGUGAAGAAGAUGUUGAUUUCGAUGCAGCCAACGAAAUGGAUUCCGCAAUCUUUGAGGCAUUUUUGAACGGUUGUGAAGAUUCUUACGCUCAAAUCUUGCAUUUAGUGAUGAACGAAGGAAUCAAUGUUGAUUAUCGUCAUUCGGAAACAAAAGCAACAUCUUUGAUGGUCUGUGCUGGUCGGGGAUCUCUUGAUAUGGUAGAGCAACUCUUGAAUCUUGGCGCUGAUCCACAGUUGACUGAACCAAACAAUUCGUGGAAUGCCGCUGACUGGGCACGAAACUGGAAACAUGAAGAAGUGGCUCAGUUCAUUGAAUCUUACCUAUCCCAGCGAUCAAAUCAAGUUAAAGAGAUUCUUCUGGAACAGCAGUCAGCAAAGUUAAAUAAUGAAAGCAAAGAACUGUUGAGUCUUUAUCACAAAACGUUUGACGACGAUAGGGUCGAUCUAUCAUUGAUAUUCAACUUACUUAAAUAUAUUUGUGGCUCUGAAUCUACUGGAGCGAUACUUGUUUUCUUACCUGGUUAUGAUGAUAUUGUUACUCUUAAAGAACAGCUUUGCUCCUCGAAAGAGUUUGGAAAUACCAGAAUGUUCAAUAUCUGUUGUCUUCAUUCAUCUAUGCAACCGUCUGAGCAGAAGAAAGCUUUCCGUAAAAUGACUGAUGGAACACGUAAAAUUAUAUUGUCAACAAAUAUUGCCGAGACAAGUGUUACAAUUGACGAUGUUGUAUUUGUCGUUGACAGUGCUAAAGUUAAAGAAAAAUCAUUUGAUCCACUGUUCGUAUCAAUGCUUGAAACUGUUUGGAUUUCCAAAACUAGUGCCAUUCAGCGACGUGGAAGGGCUGGAAGAUGUUCUUCUGGUGUAUGUUAUCAUCUCUGCAGCCGAGUAAGAUACGAAAGUCUUCAGGAAUUUCAAAUUCCAGAGUUGCUUCGAUCUCCUUUACAGGAACUUUGUCUUCAUACGAAACUUCUAUCGGGUACUGGAACUUCUAUAGCCGAGUUUUUAUCUCGAGCACCUGAGCCUCCUCCGUACCUCGUACUACGAAAUGCGGUCGAAACUCUAAAGGGCAUGGAUGCAUUAGAUCAAUGGGAAGAUUUGACUGAGUUAGGUCGCCUUUUGGCAGAAUUACCCGUUGAACCUCGUCUGGGUAAAAUGGUUUUAUUUUCCGUUAUUCUGAAAUGUCUUGAUCCUGUCGUCGUUGUUGUAUCUGCUAUGGCGUAUAAAGAUCCAUUUAUUUUACCAAUUAAUGCUGCUGACAAGAGGUUGCUGGCUCAACUAAAGAAACGUCUUGUGGGGCAAUCGUAUAGCGAUCAGUUUGUUGUGCUGAAAAUAUUUCGAGGCUGGCAAAAGGCUCGCGCUGAAGGAUGGGACAAAAGUUACUGUAGGAAAAAUUUUCUUUCUGCUGGAACAAUGGAAAUGAUAUCUGGAAUGAGGUCUUUAAUUCUCGGUCAGCUCAAAACAAUGGGCUUUAUACGACAGCGCGGCUCGUGCGAUGGGCGAGAUCUAAAUAUAAAUUCAGGAAACUGGACUGUUGUUAAAUCCGCUUUAUUUGCUGGUUUGUAUCCCAGUCUAGUUUAUGUUGAUAAGAAGUCUAAUAAACUUGUGGCAAAGAAAGAGAAAAAAGUACGUUUUCAUCAUUCGACAAGUUUGUUCUCGACGGCUAACACAAAAUCAUCCCUCACGAAGCUCCAUGCCGAUGCUAUUAACAAGCUACCUGGUGAUUGGCUGUUUUAUGAGGAAAUGUCAAGAGCUGCACAUUUCGUGCAUGUGAAAUCAUGUUCUCUUAUAUCCUCCAUUACCGUUGCUCUGUUCUCGGGUCCCUGCUUAUCCUCCGAUAAGAUCGACUCUAAGUCUGACGUGUCUCUUAGUAAGCGUUCUGCAAAUUACGAAGGAGUUUUAAGUGAAAGCAGUGAUAGCGAAAGCGAGGAGCCUGGUAAUGACGAACCGUUCAAAAAUGUCGUGCCCAUGAAGAUUCAUGAUUUUGUCCAGUUUAAUGAAAAACAAGAGAUUGUUACUCUUGUGGAGUUUCUUAGGCACAAACUUCAAGCGUUGAUAACGAGAAGAUUGAAGUUUCCAUCUCGACCUUUAUCUCAAGUGGACGAGUGUGUAUUACGUGCAAUUGUUAAUGUGCUGACGCAACAAGAAGAAGCUUUGGGAAUCCAUCAAGCUUAUCAGAAAUCUCAACGAACGUUACGACUCGGAAAUGGGUUCGGAAAGUCUGAUAAUACAAGGGCAGAGGAAACUGAGUUUUCUGAUCGCAAUGAAAGGAACAAAAACAUUGGACAAAAUCAAGGCCGUGACAAGGGACAAAGAGAAUCAUGCAGGAGUUUGAAUUUUGAUCAAUACAAUAAACCUGUGGAGGAUUCAAUAACGAAAGAUUUAAACUGCAAAUAUGACGUUCGAUAUUUUAUCAUGAAAUGUAACAAUCAAAGAAAUCUUGAUAUCGCCAUGGCUAAGAGCAUUUGGGCAACCACUCCAUCCAAUGAAAAAAAACUUAACAAAGCCUUCAAGGAAAGCAAAAGGGUCAUUCUUAUAUUCUCCGUUCAAGGCAGCGGUCAUUUUCAAGGUUAUGCCAACAUGACGUCAUUCAUUAGCCGUGAAAAAUGUCGUGAGUUUGGAUCUAAUCUUCUCACUGGUUCAUUCACGAUCACGUGGUUGAAAUGCGAAAAUAUUCCAUUUCAACAUGUCCAUCAUCUCAUAAAUCCAUGGAAUGACAACAAGAAGGUUCAAAUCAGUCGUGAUGGGCAGGAACUGGAACCGAGUAUUGGUGAUGCUUUGUGCAAAAUUUGGUGCAUAGAGGAAAGCAAUAAACCACAAAUAUCACGACACAGCCGUCACUUGAACCAAGAGAAUUCGUACGAAGGAUAUAUUCCUCGAUCGUUGGAGCAAUCCCAAAUGCAAAAUCCUUCCCAAUGGCAUCAUGGGAUACCGACGUCAGCCGUGCCAAUGCAUACGUAUCCUCACUCAACCCAAGCCCCUAUAAUUUUUGCAGCUCAUCCUACCUCCAUGCCUAUACCCGUCCCAAUCCCCACUCAUCAACAUGGUGCCACAAUGAUGAUACCGCAGCAAGCUUACCAACAACAAGCUCAUCUACAAGCUGCUCUCACUUAUCCCACUCACACCUACCAAAUGCAAGCAGGUUACCAUCAUAAUCCACAGAUGUCUGUUGAAGGUCAGCCUGGCAUGAGUCUAAUGCAUAUGAUUGGUCAAAAGGAUUAUAUGGAUAUGCAACAACAAUGAUUGUAAAAUUAGUGGAAGAUUGUGUAGAGAUGGCUUCUAUGUUGGUAAAUUUAUAUUUUCGCAUGCAACACAAAAGAUUUCUGUAUAAUCUUUGUUGAAUUUUGUAAAACUGUGGUAUUUGAAGGCGAGGUAAUCUUGUAUUUUACUGUGGAAAAAUAUUGGGGAUCGUAAAAAAUCGUAAAAAUAGAUUUGUAAAGUGGAAA